UUAUAAUCGGGUGCACCGAAACAGGUGCACAAUAUUUGGAAAUCAGUAGAUAAUAAUUUUAGACGGUCCAGCCUUCCAUAAAGAUUAGAAAAUUGGGCUUGUUUGAUCUUAACCGUAUGGGUGUGUGGUAACUCAUCUUGCCAAAAUCGAAAGGCCCUAUCUAUGCUCCUCAGAAGAAAGAUUUAUUGAUGCACACGUGUCUUACAAAGCCAUUUCCAUGCAAUUUGAAGUACAUCAAUCCAUUGUCCAACUGAGAAAAUUCCAGAAUAUUGGGAUGAUAUAUCUACAAAUGACAUCCAAGAGCUGACUGAAAGAUGCUCAAGGAAGUCUCUAAAAACCCUUAGGUAUGAUGUCAGUGUUGAAGUGAGUCAGCUGUCAUAAUGAAAAUAGAAAACUUGACCUACAUGGGAGGUCAGAUGGGAAGAAGCAUUCAGUCUCAAAAAAGAAUAUCAAGACAUGGUUGAUGUUUGCCAGACAGAUGUUUUCCAGUCAGGUUGAGUUCUUUGCCUGCAGUGCCAGACUAGGUGUAGAAGAAAAAAACACUGCAUUGAACAGAAGCACCUCAUACCAACUUUAAAGCAGGGAGGCUGUGGUAUCAUGGUCUGGGGCUGCUUUGCUGCCUCAGGACCUGGCCAUCAUGCCAUCAUUGAUUAAACCAUGAAUUCCAUUUUGUACUAGAGAGUUCCUGAGGAGAAUGUGAGCCCAUCUGUCAAAAGGCCGAAGCUGAACCGAAUGUGACUCUUGCAACAUGGCAAAGAUCCAAAACACAAACAAAGCUGCAACAGAACAGAAAGAAGAUAUGGAGGGUCAUGGAAUGGCAGAGUCAAAGGCCAGAUCUCCUUCCUUAUCAAAAUGCUAUGACACAGAAGAAGCUGCACUGUAAAUGAGGUUUAGAAGAAGAAGAAAGCAAGUAAUUCCAAGCCAAGCUUCAGAAGUUAAAUAUUUAGGAGCUGUAUGAAGGGAGGUGAUGACCCACGCACGCCAGAAGAACUCUCUGAGUCGAUACCGGCCCAGUCUCAGCUGGGAGCGGGUGGGGGGGCUGUCGCAAGCUGAGACCUCGGCGGGGGGAGCCCGUCCCGGUUUUUCAAAACCAAAAAGAGGCAGGCCCAAGAAGGUCGGGCUGGGCAAACGGAAGGGUAGCAAUGAUCUGAGAGUGCCUGAGAAGGAGGUGGGGGAGGUGAAGAAAGAACGGAAGCUAUACCCUCUCAGGGGCAGGACACUGAGGGACACCAUCACCUGCCGCGUUCUCCUCACUCGUCUGGAGGAGAGCGGGGGUGAGGAACGCGUUAGCGUCUUGAAGAGUCCAAAAGGGAUCAUUAAAGAAGAGGGGCAUAACCUGUUGCCUGAGAAGACCAUGCCCUGCAGGAUUCAACAGAAGGUUUGCAAAGCCUAUUCACAAGCUCUGGAAUCAGAGAAACAGUCAAAAGUGCCCAUGUUACCAGUUGUGGAGCCUCGCAAACGGAGGCUGGCCUCCCUCAAUGCAGAGGCCGUGAACAGUCUGCUCAUGUACAGAGAAAAUCUGCAGGGUUCCAGACUCACAAAGACUCUACAGAUCAAUGGGACCCUGGCAAAUGGUGCAACUACUUUGGGACACGAGGUGUCCCAAGGGGACACGAGGGGUCCUAAGGUGGCAAAAGCUGACAUUUGUGCAACGGGAAAUUCCAGAAAAUCCCAAAAGACUGACAAAACGGAGGACGUGGAUCUGCUGGCUCUGUACAGUCCCACUCCUCGGCGCCAGGCCGGCCUAAACGCUGCUGCUAUGCUCAAGAUCACCAGCUCUUCCUUCAAAGUCAGACACAGAGUGGCCAAGACCAGCCCCAACCAACCAAGGACCAAACAGUCACCCCGCCCCAAGCUAAAGAAAGAGGGUUGCCGUGGACUCCAGUUCCUUCGGGGAUGCCGUCAUAUCCGUAGAAAUUAUUUGUGUUGCCCGGAACCCGGAUUGGCAGGAACUGCUGAGGGACCGCACGGCUCAGUAAAAUCUGGCUUCCAGUCUCAAUCCCUGCUGGGCUACCCGAUGAAGUAUGUGAACGAGGAGCACAGUGAGACCCCUGGGACUCCUUCCUACUGCUGUUCCAAGGCGAGGUUGGCGGAGUUCUGCCACCGCAUGGCUCUGUUCCUGGACCAGGAAGGCUUUGGCGACAGCAAAUCUGAGGCGCGUUCACUCCCCAAGAGCACGGCCCCGAGUCCCCAUUCCCUUGUCCACCCACACGCCCUAGCUGUGGGCCCCCGCCCUUACUCGUGUUUCCCCGGCUGCUACGUGCCCUUUGCUCACUACGAAGACUCCCCCCUACCCAUGACCUCCGCAAGCUCUGACCAGAUACCCUUUUUGCCCUCUAAAGUGGCCCCCAUCGCAUUGUGGCCCGGUAAGGUCCAGAGCUCCAAGCUGCUGUCCCCAGCAGGCUCCCAGCCCUCAGAAAUAGCUCACCCGGUCUACUGCUAUGAAGAACCCUGCCAAAUCAGUGGCUAUGCCUACAGAGCGGCGUCCAACAUAACCAGCAGGAGGUGCUGUUUUGACACAGGCGUAUCCGGCCGCAGCCAAAGCAUCUGGACAGAAGACUGCUCCUCAUCCCGGGAGGACUGCGGCCCCCGCUCUGUCUGGGUUUCCGCGGCCCCCCGGCCACCCUCCGGCUGCCCCGCCUCCCCUAGUGCUCCGCCCUCAGCCCAAUCGGUGCCCCGCCUCCGGACACCCCUGUCGGACCCCAGCCAACCGCAGGUCCCGCUGCACGUGGCUCGGGAGUGCCCCCAGAGUGCCAAGGCGCCCAGCGGCUCGCGGUCGGAGGUGCCCGGCGGCUCGCCGGCCGUCUGUCCCCACAUUCAGGACCGACAGCAGCUGGGGCCUUCCUGCCGGGCCACCAGCAGAGCUGCCAAGCAGCACCGCAUCAGCCGUCGGCGUGCCACCAAUGGCUGGCUGCCCGUGGGCCUGCCCUUCAAGAAGGAGGUCUUCGCCGUGGGGGAGGAGACGGCAGUGCUACGAACGUGUUUCGAGGCGGUCCAGAGGGACGGGGAGGUGAUUGGAGUUCGAGACACAGUCCUGCUGCGCUCAGGCCCCAGGAAGAAGUCUCAGCCCUACGUGGCCAAGAUCUCAGCCCUGUGGCAGGACUCAGAGUCAGGAGAAAUGAUGAUGAGCUUGUUUUGGUACUACCGCCCAGAACACACGCAGGGAGGACGUAAUCCCUACACACACUCUGAGAAUGAGAUUUUUGCUUCUCGGCAUCAGGACCAGAACAGUGUGGCCUGCAUUGAAGACAAGUGCUACGUCUUGACAUUGGCACAGUACUGUAGAUUUUGUGCCUUGGUGAAGUGCCGCGCAGAGGGUCUCUCCGGGAGGGCCACCGGAGUGGUGCCGCCCUGCCCGGAAUACGCCGUCCCUCCCCACCGGCGUGUCCCGGCAGACAUCGAGCCCCACCUGGUUUUUGUCUGUCGCCACGUCUACGACUUCCGCUACGGGCGUGUCCUGAAGAACCUCCAGUAGCGUUUCUAAAGACGCCGGUGGUGUGACGGACUCUUAAACCGAAAAAAGGGGAAGCUGAAAAUGCUGAAUUGAAACCGACGUGUCAAGCUUUCCAGUGUACCCAAAAGGCAGUAUGAGUAGUUUAGCUGAAGCCAAGCCCAAAAACACCAGCAGCCUCAUAGAGAAGCCAGUUAGAAAAUUCCUAAGACACCUUUAUUCUAACCUUUGUGCACAAAACACCCACAGAACAAUCGUGACUAACGCCGACCUUUUCCCCAUUUCUCACAGCCGAAGAUAUGAACAUUUAUUUAUUUAACCAAUAUCUACAAUGUUUUAGUUUUUUGGAUGAUGUGAUAUCAUUGCUUCCUAUGUAAUGCUCCAGUGCGAGCUGGAUGCUAGUGCACCUGCUCUAUCAGCCCUGGUAAUGAAUUUGAAGGGCACUGUAAUCCUUUCUUGUUAUUGCUCAACUACAUUUGAUGUUUUCUGAAAUUCCCACAAAGUCUCUAAAUGGUCAGUAACAACAUUUGGGUAAAGUGGAAGGGUGUGGAUACUUUCCGAAGGCAAAACGUGUGGAUAAAAAGAACAACGGAAUUAGUCUGCAUAGAUACAGUCUUGGGACAAAGCAAAAAUAAAAUAAAAUGUUGCUAAGCA